AUGCCUAGCCUAGCCGAGCUAAACAGCGCCGCUUCGGAAGUUAUUACUAUCUUGAAAGGCAUCCCGGAAUACGCCAAUGCCAGGGUUGCCGUUAUUGGCGGACUGGCACUUUGGAACUAUUUCCAGAAUGGCAGAACUACUGAGGAUGUUGAUCUCAUCAUAAAUAUUGAUUGA